UACAGUCAUAUGUGCACUUUCACUUUCCAAAAGUAAUUUGAAGUGGUCUUCCGUGCUGGCGGGAGAUCUAUUUUUUUUUCGAAAAUAACAAUAACAACAUGUUGUAGGCCUACAGCUGAAAACCUUUUGAUUGCGUCCAUCGUCCAAACUGGAAUGUAGACUAUUUUCGACUCGAAUGCUUUUGCGCGUCUAUCGUCUGAAUGAAUCUAUCCACCCUGGGCCUGUAUUGAAUUAAAACUGAAUUGAAGAGGUGGACUGCAUUUGCGAUCGGCGCCAAUGGACCCGUUGGAUUUUUUGACAGAUAAGCAGUUACUGCAGUAUUUCCGCUGUAGUAGAACAGAAAUGUCGUGCAUGGAGCAACCACACACCUUUCUUAACCAGCUCAGAGACCACCACUUCAUUCCAGAGAAAAUGCACACGAAGCUGAUUCGGUGUAAGAGUAAGGAGGUGAGGGAGAAGGGUGUGUACCAGGUGUUGGACUGGGUGGAUGCAGAGAGGCCCAACAGCAUCAAGGUGUUCUGGAAAUGUGUGUUCAGGGACCACCUCCUGCUGCAGUACCCCACUUUACGCCUGCUCCGAAACCGCCUGCUGGACGGGUCGUUCACAUUCUAUGAGAAACUGCCAGAGAAGGUGGAGAAGGAAGAGGGGGAGGAGGAUAAGAAGAAGAAGGGUUCAGCAGAAGGAGAAGAUGAGGAAGAGAAGACAAGAAGGAAAAAGAGGAACCAGAAAAAGAGAAGUGAGAGUGUGGAGGAGCAGCCCAGCACGUCCACACAGUCCAACCCCAGUCAGAAGAGGAAAGUUCAGAGGCCGACCUACUCAUCUCCUUUCAGUAAGAAUGAGAAAGCUGACAUCUGGACCUGGCCCAUCUACAAGACCCAGCUCCCAGUCACCUGUGGGGACAAAGAAGGCACGCUCAACAGGGACAAGCUGGCCAAAGGGAAGAGGUGCAUUGUGGUCCAGGGUCGAUGGUUCACCCCAAGUGGCUUUCAGGAGUUUGGGGGGAAGAAGAGCAGUAAGAACUGGAAGUGCAGUAUCCGCUGUAGAGGCACCACACUGGGAAAACUGAUCCAGGAAGGUCAUUUAACUUCACCAGACUUUAAAAGAAGAAAGAGUGCACAGGCCAAGAGAGCACUGUUUCUCUCUAACCAAUCAGCAGGCUCAAUCACAGAAUCUGAGGAGAAUGACGAUGAGGAGGAGGAAGAGGAGGAGGAAGAAGCUGAGCAGGAAAAAGAGGAAGUCUUCAAAGUCACCUGUGGAGCCAUCAAUGGAAUGCUACAUAAGGAUCGGUUUGCAUCAGGGUCGUGUGGAAAGAGCAUCCGUACAGAGCUGCGCUGGAUGACCCCGGUGGAGUUUGUGAAGGGGGAGUCAGCUCUGGAAGAUCCCUCCUGGAAGAAAGACAUCCAGUGGGACGGGAAACCACUCAGCGUCCUCAUCGAGAGUAAGAUCUUGGUCAUCCACUCUCUCCUGUGUAAGUGCAAGCUGUGCAGCUCCACGGCCAAAGACAGGCAUGAUCAGGAUAACGAUGACGACUGCUUCAUCUGUAGAAGCCAGGGCAACUUGAUAUGCUGUGAUAAGUGUCCCCGCUCCUUCCAUCAGAGAUGUCAUCUUCCUAAUGUGGAUGAUGCUAUCCUGGGGGAUGAUUGUCCGUGGAUCUGUACAGUCUGUGUACUGAGGGCCAGUCAGUCGUGGCGCUACCCCAAACAAAUGACCUACCAGGAAGCCUUAACCCGCCGAAUCUCAGACAACCUACUGGAAUGCCAGUACCUCCUGCUGUGUCUAUACCAUGCGGACGAGGACCACAUCUUUGUGGCAGAUCCUUGCAUCCACGUGAGAAACUACACCAGUGUGAUAAAGACCCCUAUUUGGCUGGAUAGGGUUGUGGAGAAGCUGCAGCAGAAUCUCUACCAGUCAGUGCAACACUUUGUGUCUGAUGUGUUGCUUAUCUUCACCAACUGUGCCACAUUUAACAGGGAUAAUGCAGAGUUCCGUGUGAUGGGCGAAAGAUUGAAGGAUCUAUUUGAGAGAGAGUUCAAGAGUACAUUCAGUAUCCAGCUUCAGCAUCCAACUGCAUCCAACAGCCAGUAGAGCCUUCAUCAAGUCUGUACUGUUAUCUCACUAUGAGACAACAGGAAAUAUUCACCAUGCCCUGGUCUUUCUAUACAGCCUUCAUACAGACUUGCAUGUACAUUAUUAUCCAUCUAGUCCUUUCAUGAAUUUCUUUCAUUCGUUCUAGCAGUCAAAAUGGGUGUGUGAUGAUAAUUGAAAUAGAAUGAUGGUGAUAACAUUGCAUUUCACACAGUAAAUGUCUGCAUUGUACAAUUAAUCAGUGAGAGAGAGCCUCAAAUAUCACAUUCAUGUAUUUGGUCUCGUUUGCAUGGUCAAACAAAAACAACUUAAUGAUUAUAGAUUUUAGAUCCUUCCACAAUGCAGGCAAUUGCUGAAGUUGGUGCAACUGUUUUAAGGGAUAGACCUUGGGUUAAGGGUUAAGGGUUAGUGUUUUUUUUGCAAAAAAAACAUGCUCUCUUGCUCUUCGCCGUGGCCAUCUGCAGGUACUGCAUAUCUCUUUCAAUACACUCACUGGGCUCACAAUCUGAGGUAGCAACUGCGUCAGAUCUACAAAUCACCAUUAGCUGCUAAGCAAUGAGCUAGACCCAUCCACUUAGUUUGCAACUCAGUGGACCUGCGUUCCAUUUGCUAAAAUCUUUUUAUUCCGCCUGUUUAAAUUCGCCAUAUCUUGAGAGAAAAAAAGAUAGGGACAUGCGUUUUGAUUACGUUUUGCUCCUUUUUCUGAAAAUAAGAUUGAUAACCAUGACCAGGCAUUUCAAUCACCAUGGGUCACCACAAUGUGUAGCCAGGAGAGCAGUGCUAGUGCUCACCAAGUAGCCAUAACCUGGUAAUAUCACAUUAUCUGAUAUAAUUAUAAUAAUGGGUUAUCUGCUAGAGCACCCUGAAUUGAAAAUGUUCUUCUGUAUGAGUUUCAUCCCAUACAUCAGUGGUUUCAAGUUUGUAUCUGUAUAUUUCUUUUACGAGCUAAUGGUAGCGAAAAAGAAAAUACUUCUGCAUUUCCCAAACUGUCAACACAUUGCAUAUCGGCUCAGGAUAACGAAGGAUAAAGUUGGUAAGCUGAUAUUCAGAACUUAAAUAGCCAAUAGGACUAAUAAAGCCAAUGCCGGUGGGUCUACCAUAUCGAUGGGCAUUCAUAAAAUUCUAUUGCGGGCCGACAUGAUAGGCUACACCUCAAUAAGCUCAAGCUGAUGUCUUUUUGACAUAUUUUUGGGGGGGUCCUGUCCGCACCUGCAGUCUUUGCGUUGUGUUUUACAAAUGGUAGGCCUCCCACAUAGAUGGGCAUUCCUAAAAUUCUAUGUCAGGCGACACUGUAAACUAUACCUCAGUAAGCACUGACCGACACUGAUGCCUUCUGGAUGUCUUUUUUGGUCUUUGUCCAAUGUCUUUUUUGGUGCCAUCUGGACCGGCCUCGGUUUCCAUAUCUACAGAUGUUGCUUGUUGGUCCACUCUGGACCACUCAUAGGUUUGGUUCAGAUUUUGUCUGGUCUGGGCGAGCUUUGAUUUGGCCCAAACAUAGAGGUCUAUAAAUGACGUAUUUCAACUUUCAUUCAGAAACGAAAAUGAACCUGAUUUCAACAUCUGGAAAAUGCAUAUUUUCACCUUUCAUUUAGAACCUAAAUUUAACCUAACUUCAACGUCUUGAAAAUACGGAUAGUAGAGGUCUUUUUAACGUCAUUUUUGCUUACUUGGGACAAUUCUCGUAAGGGGCGGGUAUUUUGUUGUCUCGCCGAGCGCGACCAGGACCGUCACAUGAGCACUUUCACUUUUCAAAGGUCAACGUCAUUUGAAGUGGCCUUCCGUGCUGGCGGGAGAUGUAUUUUACCUUCGAAAAUAACAACAACAACAUAUUGUAGGCCGCAGAUGAAAACGUUUUGAUUGCGUCCAUCGUCUAAACUGGAAUGUAGUGUUUUCGUCUCGCAUGCUUUUGCGCGUCUACAGUCCGAAUGAAUCUAUCCACCCUGGGCCUGUAUUGAAAUGUAAAUAGCCUACAAUCAUACUUUCAUUUCUGAAUCUAUAUGUGCAACCCAAUAUGAACCUGAUCAUUCAUUAUUCAGUGAACUGGUAAAUAUAGCAAUUUUUCAAUAAAGAAAACUGAAUUGAAGAGGGCAACAGCAGUUGCGAUCGGCGCCAAUGGACCCGUUGGAUUUUCUGACAGAUAAACAGCUACUGCAGUUUUUCUGCUGUAGUAAAACAGAAAUGUCGUGCAUGGAGCAACCACACACCUUUCUUAACCAGCUCCGAGACCACCACCUCAUUCCGGAGAAAAUGCACAUGGUGAGCAGUAGAGACCGCAACAUUUCUAUAGACAUACCCACCCACUCAAAGGUUCAAUUUAAUCCCAUCGGUCACAAAAACAUGUAGGCCUACUUUACAGGCUUUAAAUAAGUUAAGGUUGUACUUAACAAAUAAGUCACAUAUUAUGCAUUAUUAAGGUGAAGUAUGAUUCAGAGAAGUUUCAUUAGAUUUCUCAAAAUUGUCACAAGACAAGGAUAAAUCUCCAAGGUUCAGACCUAGUUUUAGACCAGAAGUCUGUAUUCAACAGCUUAAAAAACAAAUAUUGUUGAAAUGUUUUAAUAGUUUAAUGUUUUGAGGGUCUAGUUACAUAGGCAAUGUGCCUUAAUUUUCAAUAAAUUCACUUUAAAGGUG